AAACCAAUUAUCCAAAUUAACCAACCCAAAUUAUCCAAAUAGUACCGAUUAAAAUGAUUACCACGUUAACCACACCGUUUAAACACCCCUACUUGCAACAACCAACCAUCUUUUUCUUUGUUAGGUCGGCUCAUAGUAUAUUUCGAAAAGCGAAUUGCAACGUUUUAAAUCCCUAAAUCUCCCAAUUGAAUUGACAGCUAAAGCUCAUCGAUUUCCCGACUUAGAUCUCUUCCCUCCCACCCAUCGCCUCCUCCUUCCGCCUACCGCCAUACAUACAAACAAAAAGCACAGCCCUUGCAGCCCGCCAAGCUCCGUUUUCGUUCGGUGAUGAAGGUCCCACUUCGCAGAAAUACGUUGUUUAUUAUUAUUCUUACUGUUAUAAAUAAAUAAAAACCUUCACCAUUAUCCCUUGUCUUCUCCACAAUCCUCACCCAUAUUUCAGAAAUAAACGAUCCACACAUUCCAGAGGAUCAUCGGCUACCCCACGUUCUACUUCCCCUCAGCCCACCAUCGUUCCUUUCAUUCUCCGUUCCUAGUUCAUACCCUGCUCCUUUUCGCCAUCUGGGUAUCCCUGAGAUCUCAAUUUUUUCGUAUUGAUUAAUAGCUGGGGAUCCUUAUUUGUGGGUGAUUUUGAUUCGUUUUGCAUCUGGAUACGCUGCAUCCUUCCAGACCUGUUUAAAUUUUUUCCCCAUUCAUUGUUCCUGAUUUGAAGUCGUGCCCCUUCCGAAAGUUUCGUGCUUCGUCUGGAAGGGAUCUGACUGUCGUCGGUGGGUUGGUGUAAGCUGCGCUGCACCGAUUCCUUGUUGUUGGGUUCUGUAAAUGGGCGCUUUAGAUGAGGGGCAUUUCCAUGCGGUGCUUGCCAACGGAGUGAAACUAGAGUGCCCUUUGCAGCCGCAGGGGAUUGAGGGUCAACCCGAGACUUUGGCCAUUGAGGAUGCUGUCAAAGUCCUUUUACAAGGUCUGGGAGAGGAUAUCAAUAGAGAAGGAAUCAAAAAGACUCCAUUUCGGGUUGCCAAGGCCUUGAGAGAAGGCACUAAAGGUUAUAAGCAAAAGGUGAAAGACAUAGUUGAGGGGGCUUUGUUUCCUGAAGCUGGUUUGGAUGCUGCUGUGGGACAUGCAGGGGGUGUUGGGGGCCUUGUUGUUGUCCGGGAUCUUGAUCUCUUCUCCUACUGUGAGUCAUGCCUGCUUCCUUUCCAAUUCAAGUGCCACGUUGGUUAUAUUCCAUCUGGUCAGAGAGUUGUAGGGUUAAGCAAGCUUUCUAGGGUGGCUGAUGUCUUUGCAAAGCGACUCCAAGAUCCGCAGCGCCUGGCCAAUGAAGUCUGUUCAGCUCUUCAUCAUUGGAUCAAACCAGCAGGUGUGGCCGUGGUGCUCCAAUGCCGGCACAUUUGUUUCCCGAGCUUAGAGUCAUUCCUUGUGGACUCUAAUCGCCAGGGAUGGUCGAAGGUUUUGGUCCGUUCAGGUUCAGGUGUUUUUGAAGAUGAUAGGGGUGACCACUGGGGUGAUUUUUUUAGCCUUCUGAAGUUUAGAGGCAUAAACACUGAUAAUCUCCAGACCGAAGACUCUAUAGCUUCAUGGUGUCCAUCGCAAUCUUGCUCAAGUCUAGAAUUAUCUUCUAAAAAUGGACAACUCAACUCAGGAAUGGUUACCGCAGUGGAUUCAAUCAUCAGGUCUUUAGGGGAAGAUCCUUUAAGAGAAGAGCUAGUUGGCACUCCAAUUCGUUUCGUAAAGUGGCUUAUGAAUUUUCACAACACCAGUUUGGAGAUGAAGUUAAAUGGGUUUGUUUAUGGUAGAGGGGUGGAUUCACUGAAGGCUAAUGGGGAACUAGUAGUAAACCAUAUGCCAGAGCGUUUGCAGACCGAGGUAAACUUGUCAUUCUGGUCUCAGUGUGAGCACCAUUUGCUUCCAUUUUAUGGAGUUGUGCACAUCGGGUACUUUGGGUUCAAUCCAAUUCCCAAGUCACUUCUACAAUCAAUUGUGCAUUUUUACGGUUUCAAGCUCCAAGUGCAGGAAAGACUCACCAGGCAAAUUGCAGAGACUGUUUCGUCCCUGGUAGGUGGAGAUGUGAUUAUAGUUAUAGAGGCUGGCCACACAUGUAUGAUUUCAAGAGGCAUUGAGAAGUUUGGAAGUAGCACAGCCACAAUUGCUGUGCUAGGAAGAUUUUCAGCCGACCCCGAUGCAAGAGCCAAGUUUUUGCAGAGCCUCCCAAAUAGUAGUACUGCGUUUGCAGCAUCUUGAUUGAUUCUAAUUGAAAACCAGAGUUAAAUGUGGGUUCUUUAGCAGAAAUACCAGUGUUAUCUUUUUUGCCAUUUGUGUCUAUCUUUUGGUUCCCCUCUUGUGCAAUAAUCAAGCAUGAAGAAUUUGGUGUUCUUUUCUCGAGUUCUCAACCUUUAGAUUAUGCAGGUUAAAGUAGCGGAUCUGUCUCUUUAUUGAUUUUGAUCUUCACAGCAAAUUUUCUUGAUAGAUGUCUCUCAAUUGCCAGAAUGUUGCAUUUUUAGAAUAGAAGUUUUGCUACUUCACUUCUUUGGAGGACCACUGGCCUCUUUUUGGCAUCGACAGGAUUGAAUGAAACUCUUCCUAUGGGCAUGAUUCUAGGGUCAGAUUUCAGUUGCGCGAGGAAAUCAAGUUGGCAGAAUAUUACUUCUUUUCUCGGUUGUUGUUGGAUGAAGUGAGGGGCCUCGGUUAGUUGGUCAAAGCCUUAUUCGGCUCGUAAAUCGUAAUAAUCAGUAUCAAGCAAAGAAUAAGUGCCAAGCUGGUCUAUUGGAUGAAUAUCCACGAAAGAAGGAUGAGGUACGGAAUUUUCCGCUUGGCAAGUAAUUUGCAAGAUCGUAUUGGAAACUAGAGUAGGAGACUUUGAUUCAAAUUGAAUACCAAAAACGUAAAACUAGCGUCAUUUUUCUGGCUAAAUUACUUGCUCAACUAACUAAUUUUUUUGUUGCUUUUGUCACUCAAAAUGUUUUCCUUUCUUACUACUCACUAAGUUUUAAACACUUUACGUCUUGGUCACUUGGCUAUAAGAUUGCAAAUGAGUCAAACCGCUCACGAGCGGCUCGACGCUAGACUCGGGAAAAACUUGUUCAUAACUCGGCUAUUUAAUAUACAAGUCAAGUCUGAGCUCAUCCUUAUUCAGCUCAUGAGGCCGCGAGCUAACUCGACUCAGUGGUUCCUUGAGUUCAACUAGUGAGCUGGCUCAUUUCUAGCUAAUGAGUUAGCUCGGCUGUGUGGUUAGCAAGCAAGUUCGACUAGCGACUUAUGAGCGAAUCAAUAUAUAUAUAACUUAUAAUGUGGUUUCUUAAUAUUUCAUACAUUUGUUAGAUUAUAUAUCUCAUAAUAUGUAAUAGUUUAAGACUUUGGUACGAGUGAUCAAACAUGUCACAUUAUUAUAAUUUGAAAGAGAAAUCAUGUAUUUCUUUUUAUAAAACACUUGUUGUGAUUUUAUUACUCAAUCAUCGGAGGAUUACAGUCCGCAGCAAGUUAUGAAAAACCGAAAAGAGGUGGCCUAUCCUCCCAACGCGAUCGCCUUUAGCUCAGCUGCCUCGGCGCUCCACUGGCGCUGAUCUCGGCGGACCGCCGUUAGCAGGGAAGGCCAUUCAAGUCUCUCACCACAAGUCCCGCUCAUGUGCUCUAUUAUGAGAAAAGUGGCCACAUCUACAUUGAUCUUACACCAGCCCGCCGGCGGUUUCUUCCAAAUCCCAAGUACAAUUUUGCCCCUACGUUCCUCCUUCUGUCGAACUGAUAGAAAUUCUUCGUAGUAGGAAAGCGCCCUGCCCACUAUCUACCAUUCCUCCGCCUUUUUCUUGUUGAAUAGGUGGUUGUUUCUCUCGUUUCAAAUGUUCCAUAGGCUUGGUAGCGCUACUUGGCCGUCCAAUUCUAUUAUUUGUGUCUUACGUGGCAUUCAACAACGGUAGUUGACCUUUAACCAACCGACAUGUCAUUUAAAAAAUUAAAUUAAUAAUUUUCUUUUAAUUUUCCACCUCAAUCGCGCUUCCUCACCACCAGCACCCCAUUUCUACUCUACCUAGGUCUAAGAUAGGGUUAUUCAUACUUGUAUAAAGUAUAAACAGAUAGGGAACCU